GCAGUGGGGCUGAAGCGACUGGGACCGAGGUAGAGGUAAUAGGCAUAGGGAGAGCAGGAGAGAGUGGGAGUGAGGCCUGAGAUAGAGCCGCCUCCGUGAGAGAGACCUGAGGGAAAGCAAGGGCAGCUCCCAGCGACUGUGAAGACUCGGCACGGCCUCGGAGCCUGCAGGAGAGUGGGUACGGAUCACCCAGGGGAGUGGGAUUUGCUGCUUGGCGCCGGCCUAACCCGCCUUCUCCCCAGGUGGGUGUGAACCCGCUUUGCCCACCGCCUCCCGGAUCCGCCAUGUACUGUCUGCAGUGGCUGCUACCCGUCCUGCUCAUCCCCAAACCCCUGAACCCGGCCCUGUGGUUCAACCACUCCAUGUUCAUGGGCUUCUACCUGCUGAGCUUCCUGCUGGAGAGGAAACCCUGCACCAUCUGCGCGCUGGUUUUCCUGGCCGCCCUUUUCCUCAUCUGCUACAGCUGCUGGGGGAACUGUUUCCUCUAUCACUGCGGCGGAGCCCCGCUGCCUGACUCCGCUCACGACCCCAACAUUGUGGGCACCUAGCGCCAGCCUGCCGCCGCCUCCACUCGGACAACCUCCGCCAACUCAGCCUCCGAUGGUCUCUCAUUCUCCCUUCAAUUGUUUUGUCAACCUCCUCCCGUCUGUUUGACCGUCCUUCCGUCAAGGGGAUGCGAUUACUUUUACUUUAGAAAAGAGAGGAUUUCUUCCCGUUUUCCCUGUGUAUCUUGGUACACCCUUUUGCGCCAAGACCGUUGGUGGAAGUAGAAUUUCGUCUGCAGACGGCAGCUUCCAUUGCAAAGGAUAACGUUCUCGCGGAUGUGGAAUAGGAGUGCUGCAUGGAUUUGUAUUUGGAGCCUGCCCUGUGUAUGAUUACACGAACUAAGUUCAGUAUUUCUACUUUUUUUCUUAAGCCCUCGGAAGAAGUGGCCUUUUCGCAAUCGCCUGAAUAGUGGAAACAUUUCGUAUCGGUUUUCAAACUUGGGUAGUAAAUAAUGAACCUGUGUAACAGAGACCUACUGUUCAUCACCUGUCUUCUCAAGUUCUUAAGGAUGACUUAGAAAACACCUUAUGGCUAAUAAUGUGUAUGACGUCAUUUAUCGGAGAUCUUAGUGUUUUGUGGUUAAUUUAGGGCAUCAUACCUAUAUAUUUUAUUGGGUGUUCAUUUGUUUCUUAGUCUUUCAAUGAGAAGGAUGCUAUUUUAGCACAAUUAUUAGCUCAAAUAGUAUCGCUUUUGUGUUAAAAAUGCAGGGAUUUUGGUGUAGGUUGUGAUUAAAUAUGCAAAUGUUUCACAGUUUACGUAGCUAGUUUAUAUUUGCACAGUGGGUUUGAGAUUUUAUGCCAGUCAUUACUAUUGAAAAUUAUUACAAAAAUUGUUGGUAAUACAAGUGUCAAACCUUACUGACUGUCUUUGUGCUAGCACAAAGACAUUUAAUUGAUAUUUUAUCUCAUGAUUAUAGAGGGAAACAAAUUACAAGAUAAUUUUAUUCAGUUGUGAUUUUUCCACUUCACUCUUUGAUCAUGUUUGAACCCACUAGUGCACUUCCAUCUGCGUCUGUGAUGUGCAAGCGUGUUGCAUGAUGCAGUCGAGAGCACCAAAUUUUUUUUUAAAGUGAGCUUCAGAGAAUAAAACGGGUUUACAGCAUUAUUGGAACUGUUUCUUUUCUGAUUUAUCAAUAAGUCUGACCAUUUGCUAAUGUAUGGUACACGUUACAGUCAGUUUGUUUCUGGUUCACCUAGCCCUCAACUUUGAUCAAAAACUAUUCUAACUUCGAAUCACUAAACCCAGUAACCAUGUGGAUAUAAAGCACAAUUUUGCCAACUCAGUUGUAUUUUUAAUUAUUUUUCUAUUUGGGCUGUCUGUUUAAUAAUUUGAGUCUCCUAAAUUAGAUUACUUUUUGUUGCAGAUAAAGGCAGCCUGAUGUGA